AUGUGCAGUGCGAAUUUUUUGAGGAAUGUUCAGAUUGUGAUUGCAGAACCGAAAGUAUGCGUAGAUGAUAGUAUGCAGUGUGCUGCUGAGAAAGAUAAGUGCCUGACACACAUUAACAUGAUGGCGCAGAAAUGCCCGGUGUCCUGUGGAUUUUGCUCAACGAGCUCUGAGCGUAACGACAGCCACCCAAUCAUACCUUCGAUCGUGAUAACAAAUGGCCAGUGCAUCGAUACAGUUAACAACUGUGAACAAUUUAAGCAACAGUGUAAUCAGGUUGAACAUAUCAGCAGACUGGCUUCACAGUGCGCAAAAACGUGCCAUUUCUGCAAAACGAUUCAGAACGGUUUCAAUACGAUCACUUACUACAUUCCGAUA